GUCUAUAAGCCUGCAUGUGCCUGGCAACUGUUACCUAGUGACAGUUUCAGCUGCAGUAGCCAUUGGCUGUGCUGUUGAUUGGGGCAGGAGGACCGAGUCACCUUUCUGAUGGUGAGUUCUGCAUCAGCUCAGGAUGAGGAGGAGGAGCAGGGCUUCGGUUCAGGUGGAGGCAGUGAUACUGAGAGACUGUGAGGAAUACACCGACAGCAUCUCGGUAACUGCAUCACAGUAAAUCGGACUUCUGAAUCAAGCAGCCCAGCCUAGCAGCUGAUAAGAGUGAAUGUAGGUGAGAAGCAUUGUUUUAUUCCUGUAACAAGAACUAUUUUGUGAUAAGUGAAACUAGGAAUGUGCAAGGAGGAAUAUCCUGUGGCUAUUAUUAUAAAAGAAGAAGGACUUCCCUGAAUGCCUUGGUGGUGCACAAGAAAAUAACUUUAAGAAGAAUGCUUUCUGUUAAGCUCCUGCAUUGUUCCUGAAGGAAAUGUUUCUAUUUCUAACGCAUGUUCUUUCUACAAAAGGUAUGACAGCAAAGACUGACAAGAGACUCUCUGAAAUGCCUGUACUUUAAAAAAGACUUUUGACAAAUGUUAACCUCAUAUCAGAAUGACCUUGGAAGCAUUUUGGAUGGAUUCUAUCCUGCCAGUCUUUCAGUAUUUCAAACUCUAGGAUUUAAACUCAUCUUGAUGCUUUAGAAGUAUUUUAAAACAAGAACAUCUUAUAACCUAUCUAAUGGCCCCUGCAUUAAUUGAGCACUUGCUCAAAAUAGAACACAGAACUAGAAGAGGCAUUUUCUUAACAUAUGGCUGCUAUAUAACUGCAAAUAUAACAAACAAGCUUAUCCCCCUUCCUCCCCCCUCCCAAAGCUGAGGUGUGUUACUGCUGCACUGAGGCUGAUGAAGAGACUUGAGUACUCCCUGGGAUGCUCAGCUGUGACAGAAGCGCUGCCACUGUCUACUGAAGCUGAUUCUGAGACACUCAUGGGCAGAGUUUAGCAGAUGCUAGGCAGGGCACCUGCUUGCUGUAGCCAGAGCUGCAGGUUCUUUUAAUUCCAAGCCAUGAAUGAAUCCAGGUGGACUGAAUGGAGGAUCCUGAACAUGAGCAGUGGCAUUUUGAAUGUGUCCGAACGUCACUCUUGCCCACUUGGAUUUGGCCACUACAGUGCGGUGGACGUCUGCAUCUUCGAGACAGUUGUUAUUGUCUUGCUGACAUUUCUAAUCAUUGCUGGGAAUUUAACGGUCAUCUUUGUCUUUCACUGUGCUCCACUCUUACACCAUUAUACGACCAGCUAUUUCAUUCAGACAAUGGCAUAUGCUGAUCUUUUCGUUGGAGUUACCUGCUUGGUUCCUACUCUCUCACUUCUCCACUACUCCACGGGUAUCCACGAGUCACUGACUUGCCAGGUUUUUGGAUAUAUCAUCUCAGUUCUAAAAAGUGUUUCUAUGGCAUGUCUUGCUUGCAUAAGUGUGGAUCGCUAUCUUGCAAUUACCAAGCCUCUUUCCUACAAUCAACUGGUCACCCCUUGUCGCCUGAGAAUUUGCAUUGUUUUAAUCUGGAUCUACUCUUGCCUAAUUUUCUUGCCUUCCUUUUUUGGCUGGGGGAAACCCGGUUACCACGGUGACAUUUUUGAAUGGUGUGCCACCUCUUGGCUCACCAGUGUCUAUUUUACUGGCUUUAUUGUUUGUUUACUUUAUGCUCCUGCUGCCUUUGUUGUCUGCUUCACUUACUUCCACAUUUUCACAAUUUGCCGGCAGCACACCAAAGAGAUAAAUGACCGGAGGGCCCGAUUCCCUAGCCACGAAGUCGCUGCCUCUGGAGAGACUGGGCAUAGCCCUGACCGUCGCUACGCCAUGGUUUUGUUUCGGAUAACCAGUGUGUUUUACAUGCUCUGGCUCCCGUAUAUCAUAUACUUUCUUCUAGAAAGCUCCCGAGUCUUGGACAAUCCAACACUGUCCUUCCUAACAACCUGGCUUGCUAUAAGUAAUAGUUUUUGUAACUGUGUAAUAUACAGCCUCUCCAACAGUGUUUUCCGGCUAGGCCUCCGAAGACUGUCCGAGACAAUGUGCACGUCUUGUAUGUGUGUGAAGGAUCAGGAAGCACGAGACCCCCAACCUAGGAAACGGGCUAAUUCCUGCUCCAUUUGAAGAAAACCACACAGUAAAUCAAAUGUAGUCUGACAGUAGUUUGGGAUUGUAUUCUUGCUUCAUCUGGAAAUUUGCCACUAGAGAAAUAUUUACUAGAAUAGUUGACUAUGAGAGGAAGGGACUAAAGGUUUUUUUUUUCAUGGAAAAAAAAAACCCUGAAGAAAAGGAUGUGUAGAGGGUAAUCUCGUGAGAUAAUUGUAGUGUGUGAGUAUGAAUGUGCAGUAAUAGGCAAAAUCAAACACUGAGGAUGGAAAAGUACCUCAGAUCUUCCACAGGGCAUGAGCAAAGCCCCUGGCGUCUGUCUCUCUCUGGGACUGGACUCUCUCCUCUGUCUCUGUCUCUCUCACUCUCUUUGUGUUUGUGGAAAUUACUUACAUAAAUUGUCCUUUACAGAAAAAUGCUACAUAUUAUAUAUGUGGUAAAGUAUAAUUUUUUGCAUCAAAGUGUACUUGUUUAAACUCACUUAUCUACAAUCCCUAAACGGUCUCUCCAUGGAGGAUGCAUAGUAAGCAUUGUAUUUUAUUACCUGCCACACAACCAUUUUGCUUGUGUUUUUAUAGUAUCCAUAGCACAAAAUUUCUGCUAUGAACAAAAAGAAACAGUAUUUUUGUUUCUUCUGGGUAAAAUUAUGCUCCCUCCUCCUUCCUAACAGCUUUUUUUUUCCUCUCCAUUUUUCUUGAUCUGCAUCCUUUGGCACCUUAAUCCAGAAGUGUCUUAGCUAAUGAAAGAAUCUACUAUAUAAAAGUCAUAAUGUUGAAUGAUUUAUUCCUUCCAAAAAAGCAUUCUAUAGGUUGUUUGAGAUAUUGUGUUAAGUAUUUUUAAUGGCUUUGGGAAACAUUUUUAUUUGUUUUCUUUUGAAUUAGUUCAUGUGCCCAAAGUGGUGUCUUUUUAUUUUUUGCAGGGGCUAUAGUUAAGCUUUGUUUUUCUUUAAGCUAAUUCACAGAUAAUUCUAAUGCAGAUGCAGAGUACUCACUCAAAAGUGAGGUAUUGCUCUUAAAGAUACUUGUGUCCUUUUUUUUUCUAAAGAGUAAAAUAUUAACCUUUUUGUGUUAGAUUUACAAAGCUUAUUGUUGUGUCUGCUAAUUAUUUGUAUGGUAAUGCAUUUGCACAUACUAUAUUUUUUACAACAAAGAAAAUGUAAAUUACAUUAUGUGAUCUGUGCCUAAUGUCUUCUUAGCACACUAUAUAGAUCAGUGUUGCUUAAGUCAUCAACAUUGGACAAAAAUAUACAAAAACUUCUUUUAAGAGAAAAAUACUUUUGUGUAGUUGUUAUUUAGAUAUUUCUAUUAGACCAAGCUGCAUUCUUAGUGAUGCUGAGAAUAAAAUAUACUUAAUUAUCAAAUACAGGUAAGAACUGUCAGUAUUUUCUUUUGUAAUGAUCUGUUUUCAUAUUCAGAGAUUAAAUUAACUUAUUUUUUAGUGUACUACAUAGAAUUGUGUAGUAAAUUGUCAGGGGUUUAGAUGUAGCAAAACAGCAUUUGGGAAAUUAGUAGUGAAGCAGGUGUAAGUGCUAAAACAUCUAAAUCUUACUUUUUUUACCAUAAGUUUCCUGCCUGACAGAUAUUUUAAAAUUUAUAUCAAACUACUGAGUAUUUUUCUUCUCAGCAUUUUUUAUUUCUUUAUUUUAUGAAAUGCAUUUAGUGAAAUGUGCCUAUGACUCUUCAAAUUGGAAGCCAAACAUGUUUGCACACUGGUGGUUUGACUUCAGAGGUCUUUUAGUAAAAGAAAUGUCAUCAUUUUAUUGAGGUUGUUCUGAGCCCAUGUAUAUUUUUAAACAUGUAAGGAAGGUUUAAAAUAAAGAAUAAAACAGUAUUCUACGUAU